AUGUGGCCAAACGCACGAAACCUCGCUCAUUAUGUACGCACUCAAAACACCACCUCCGUGGCCAAUUCAGAAUUCGUUCUGAGGUAUGUAUUCCCCUCAUCACAAUCCUGGCUGGCGACGGCAAAUGGCAAAUGGCAAAAUGGCACACAACAGAGCAUCCGCUCUAGGAUUUGGAAGCUAAAAGAAACACCGUCUGGGUUUCAACAGCCACUCAUGCGUCCGGGCUUGAACCUAUUUAAUUUGAUAUGGUCGAUGUUCAGUAUGAAACAGCUAUCUUUUUGUUUUCGCCGCAUGGAAGAUCUCAAUGGCCUCAAUGGCGAGAUCGGUCUCUCGUGUGCACCGGGGAUCGAACCCAACUCAACUCGCCUGUCGGGCUUUGAAGUAUGCACACAGAGUCAACCCUGUGUCAGCGUGGAGCAGUCUAUUACAACGAGUCAUGAUAUGGUGAGGAACGAAAGAGCUCACAAAGACCUGCAACACCUGGCGAUAAACGAUGUUGGCAUGGAAUGCUGUAGGCUUUCCUUGAACAAAGCUCUUGGCAUGAACGCGCUUCUCCUGCUGCAAACUUGGAACUUCCACACAACACAAACCACCUUGUUCCACAAACCGCCUAGCAAGCAGACCAUGGCACAACUUCACGAUUUCUUCACGAUCCAUCACCCUCCCCCACAGCAUCACUCAUCCUUCAUCACUCGCGCCGAGAUGAGCGACAAGUCCUGGCAGCAGCCACUCUACGAAGCCUUCGUCAAAGAGCGCCAAGCUCCGCGUGGCAGAGAAGAGCAAGUUCAAGAUUCAGAAGAAGACACGAAGACAAAGGAGACAUCUCAACAAAGCCAGCAUAACAAAGAACAGCACGUCCAACCUUCAAGCAACAAGGCUAAGGAGAAUGACUCCCCACCAAAAGACGAAGAAGACGUGAUUUUCGGGGGUCGCGGCAAGGAGUACACCAAAGCCUUGAAGAAGAGCCGUGACGAGUACGCCAUGAAUCUGCAGGGCAGGGGCUGGGGUGGCGUCAAGCAUAAUGAGAAUUCCAUCCAGUACAAUCCGGAUGCGGAGUGGAAGCCGGCUGGCGAGGCGGAGGAUGAAGAGGCAAUCGGUAGGGACGGAAGCAGGGAUGGGGGUGAGGGCGAGGGGUUGGUGGUGCUUUAUGGGUCCUUGCUGCCAUUCUACUCACAUGCGAGAAGUUUGGAUGCGAUGCUUGCUUUCUACCUCCUUCUCAGGCUCUUCAUAGUGGCUCCUUCUACCACAUAUGCACCUUCUGCCGUCUACCUCUACCUCUCUUAUCGCUCUGCUUUCAAUCUGGUUCAGCGGCGUGAAGGAGUUUUCAAUGCAGACGCAAGGAGAUGGAAGGGGCGUGUUGCGCCUGUCCACGACUGGUAUGCUAUCGAUGAAGUCUUGCUCUAUCCUCAAGCUGCGUGGGCACCGCCUUAUUCUUCCGUGUUCUGUAUCUCAGCGGAGAGCUACUCGCCCUUGCCAAGUGGGCUGGCCGUCGCUGCGGUGCUCAAAGAUGCACUGAUAUCAUCUGGUGCAGAGAGACUGGCCAUAAAGCUGGCCGAGACCGCUCGUGAGAGGAAUUCAGUACUCAAGCAAUGUGCUCUCGACUGGCGAGAUGGCUGUGAGCGAUUCGUUGGUGCAUGGAAUGCUCCUGGUAGGCUUUCCACCGCUGGAAGCGCCUGCGACCAUAUUGCUACUCUAGCACGACGCGCUGAUGCUGGGUCCCUUCGUUCCUCUUCUCCUGGCAAACGCCAUAUGCGCGCGACAGAUGCAAAUGUUUGCGAUGGUAUCAACGACAGGUUAGACCACGACUGGACAAGAGGGGCCCCAGAGCAGCGCAGCAACCGUCCGAAGGACUUUGAUCUCGGCCGCAACAAGGACCCCGAGUGCUAUGAAGAAGCAGAUGGGGGCAGUGUUAUAGCCGUGGGCGACGUUCUGAAUACUCGAUGGAAAAACGAAGGAAGAAGGGCGGCGUGGCCACGGAACGAGAACGAGCUCCCUGAGCUUCUUGAAAUGAACCAAUACUACACAAGAGAGCAACGGUAUGAUCAGACACGGAGAGCAGAGGUUGUCCUCAGAGUUGGAGCAGGCAAUGGAUAUCAGCAGGGGCCCGACUGCGCAAAACACUUGCUUCCCCUGAAUGAGUUCGCGCAGGAACAGAAUAGUAACAGGGGAGUCAGCCGUGCACUCGGAGCUGUGCGAUGGUUGUUGUAUAUCCGCUGUCCCCACGGAGAGAGCCAAACCGGAUACAUACCAGUAACGACAGCAGCGAGACUUCUACGACACGGACAGAGCUGCCGAUUGGGAAAGACGAAGCGAUCAGACGCCAUGGAGGCGCUUCUGAGGAAUGUAUCGAUUGUCUGUUCCGGUUCUCUCGAGUCAGGCAGAGACUACGAUGCCCACCUCACAGCUUCCCAGCACUCCCUUCUAUCGAUACUAUCCUCCGUACGCACCCAGCACUUCUUGCCUAACGCUCCAGUAGCCGCAGAGGACCCUGCAACCGUUGAAAAGGCCAAUGGCUGCCUGAGGGUGUUGCCGAGCUCCGUUGGUCCAAGCUCAGGCGAGAACAAAACAGCUCGAAGUUCUCUUCGCAACUCUCUCCUUUUCUUCUUCGGCUCCGGCAACCAGGCGCGAGGUACGUACAAACUCGACCACAACACACCACGCUUCGACUGA